AUGGUAAAGGCGGUCAAGGGAAGUCUGAUUGAAACAGAGCCAAGUAUAAAAGAAGUGAUUCUGAAGCUUGGUGAAAAUGAGAAGUUUGUAAUUGAGGAAAUAGACGAUUGUAGAAUUUUCAUAACACAGGAAGCAGCAGCCGGAAUCAAAGAAAGAGUUUCAAAAAUCAUGUCAUUGGACAAAGAACCAAGAUAG